CCUACUUUCUGCACAGCCCGACCUAGCCCUUUGACGCCACACCUCCUCCGCCAUGAAGCCUCCAUCGUAGUCCCACUUCUUGACAUAUCUGGGUUUCGCCGAAGAAGAAGAGAAGAAGCAAAGAAGAUAAGAGAAGAGGAAACUAAUUAAACUUAUUUUUAAAUUUAAUUAAAUUAAUUUUUAUAAUUUAAAACAUAUUUUUAAUAAUUUUUUUUAUUUUAAAUAAUGUUGAAAUUAUUUUUAAAAAAAUUAAUGUGAAAUGGACUAAUAAAAUUAUGACAGCUGGCAUCCUAAUCAUCCGUAAUAGUAUUUAACAGAGUAAUAGUAACAGAAUUACCCAAAAUAUAACAUUCUGUAUUUAAUUCGUCGAAAAAUAAUAUGGUAUAUAAGUCUAUAAAACUAAAAAUUUGUAAUAUUUUAGCCGCAAAUACCUAUCUUCUUAUUAUUAUUAUUAAUUUGUUCCCUUUAUGCCACUUCUUUGUUACUACUUGUUCCAUCACUUUGAUACAAUUUUGUUUAUUAUUCUAUCUUUUCCCAAAGAGAGAACAAUAUAUUAUUGCCAUUGCUAUCUUUACACACUUACAUUUCCAUACUCUAACUUUCAAUCCUUUUCUUCCUUUCAUAUUCAUAACACAUAGGCCAACCUCUCUCUCUCUCUCUCAUUCACUUUGAGUUUGACCCGUUGCCAGCCAUCGGCACCACUUUUUCUCUGCUUGGAUGGUGACCCCACCCUCCCUUGUCUGCAUUUCUUUAGAGGAUCUUCUAUGUUGUGAGGCCUCUCUCCUCAUAGUCUGAGCUCCCAACCAAACGAAAAAAGAGAAGGUGGAUUAAAUAAACUUUCCCUUCCUUCGUUUCAUUUUUUUUCUUCAUUUUGCUUCUCUGAAACGUCGCCAAUCUCAGAAAACAAAAGAGAAAAAGUGAAAAAAGAUAGAAAGAGAGCACUGCUCAUCAGAACCAAAAAGUAGAGCCUAUUUCUCUCUCUCUCUUUCUUUCCUCUCACACAUCUCUUCCAUUCAAAGCUUUGCAUAGCCAUAAUUAAGCUUCCACGUUUUGCUUCUAUUUUAUCUUCUUUUCAUAACAACCUUGGGUCCAAGUGAAAGACAAGCAAAAUAUUUGCUUCCAUUAUAUCAGAUCAUCGAUCAGGCCUAUCAAAGAGAUAUGUAUGGAGUACUAUCACUACAACUACUCAUCGUUCCACUCCAUACUGAUUAAUAUUCCCAUCUCAUCGAUCCUAAUUUCAGGUUUUCAAUUAUAUAUAUCGUUUGUUUCAUAGCUUUUUCUUUGACCCUCUUUGUUAUUUCUAUAUACCUUGAGAUUUAGAUAUUAAAUAUAUAUAUUGCAAUGGAUUCUGGUAAUAAUAGUGGAAGUUUGCAAUCUUCAAGUACCGGCGAUGAGGAAUACGAUUCCCGAGCGGAAUCAAACCCGGGUAAUUUCUUGAAUCCAAAUUCCAAUAGUACUGCCCACUUUCUUGGUUCUUCUGAUUCUCAUCACCAUUACCAAAACCAACAACAGCCCACCUUGUUAUUUGACCAUCUUUCCACAAAUAACAAUUAUCUCAAGCAGGCAUUGUUCACCGCUACUACUAGUACUCAACCUCAACCAAUCUCAAACCCCAAUUUCUUUCUCAACCUGGAUUGUAGUAAUAAUACUACUACUGCUGGAACUAAUGUUGGGUCCAGAUCAGGCCAACUAAGAUUAUCUGAGCCGAAGAAUACUACCACUUCUACUCACCAGCUCAGAAACGUGCUACCUGUCCCAUCAUCAUCAACUCAUGGCUUGACCGGAGCUACUCAGUUUCCAGGCCCAUCUUCUUCAGGUCGGAGUUCCAAGAAAAGAAACCGAGCUUCGAGGCGAGCACCAACAACGGUUCUGACCACGGACACCUCCAAUUUUCGAGCCACGGUGCAAGAGUUCACUGGGAUCCCUGCACCCCCAUUUUCUUCAGGAGGUUAUCCGACGUCGUUUUCGAGGUGCAGGCUUGAUCUCUUUGGCGGGGCGGGUAUUCUACCGGAUCCUUUCUACCCUUUACGUCCCUCAGCUCAAAAGCCUAAGACGUCGUCGUUUCUGACUUCGUCAAAUUCUCCAAUGCUCGGAAACAAUGCUAUAAUGGUCGAUAUUGCUAAUACUACUACUAAUGGUAAUAACAAUAUGCCCAAUAGUAACAACAAUUUCGUUUCUAGUAGUACUACUAGCACUCCUUCACUCGUCAGCAACCACACACCAAUAUCCGAUCAUGAUCAUGAUCAUGAUAAUCAUCAUGAUUACCAUCUAAUCAACCCUUCAUUCAACGUGCACGGCUUUGGAACAAAACCUCAAGGAAACUUGGCUAUGAUGAUGAGUACUAAUACCCUUCACGAGGAUUUGAGUGCGGGGCAAGGCUACCGCGCCCAAGAUGGAACGUCGUCGUUGUCAUCGGCAUUAAGGCGUGUCGACGAUCAUAUCUGGAGAGACGGCACUGGCUGCAAAUUAAACUAUGCGGCUGCAGCGGCUACGUCAUCUGAGUUUAACACGGCGGAGAAGGCGGGAUUGGAGAUGAACGACAUUGUUUCGUCGAGGUCAGCAGGUGAAGGUCCGGUUGAUUCGUGGAUCUUUCCUUCAGAGUAAGGUCAGCUAGGGUUUUAAUUUGUUGGAAAAAGCAAUGACAAGUAUUGGAGAGAUUGGUGGUGUUAGUGGUGGUGAGUGGAGGAAGGGUUGAUACGAUUGAUGAAGAGAUGUUUGUGUUCUUAGAAUUAACUUACUCAUCACUCUUUAAUAAUUUUACGCCAUCAUCAUCAACAACAUUAAUGAUUGUCUUCUUUUUUUCUCUCGAAGGGGUGAGGAGUUGUGUGAAUAAUGCAUCUAGUGAUGAUGCAAAAAAGCUCUGCUUAAUUUCUAAAUUAUGUAGUAUAUAUAUAUAUAUAUAUGGAUAUAUAUAUAUAUAUAUAGAGUGCCUGUACUUCGUUUUGUUAGUUAUUAGUAUUAAAUUACGGAGAAGUUUGUAAUUUUUUUUACUCUCGAUCUUUUAAUUUAUUAGAUGACAUUUAUGAUUC